CUUGACUUUUCAACGCCAAACUCUAUACUUUUCAGUAUUAUUAAGAAUUCACGUUAAUCGCCGUAUACGGCUGUGAGUAAGGCUGGUCAUUGGUAUUAGCAAUGGCUUCGCCACGGUCUCCAACGCCAGCAUCCCGCAAUGCAACUCCAGAAUUACUUACACCGCGGUCGAAAAUCAAGGCAUUACUCGCGACGGUAGAUAGCAGCGAUGACGACGACAAUAGCGGCAGCUUCAAAGCCAAAAAUACGAAUCUGAAAGCGAAAUCUCCAAGAAGCAACAUAAUUCCUCAAGAAGGCAACGAUGGAUCGGAUUCUGAUUCUGAUAUGCCCGUCCAGAUGCGACCACGAGGAAAGCUAGCUGCUCGGAUGCAAGGCCCUCCGGAUAGUAUUAAUGAACCGGCAACGUCCAAUACUGCAGAAUCAUCGAGGGAUCGUGUUAGACGAAUGUUGGAGAAAGAAGAGGCGCAAUCUAAAGAGGCUACUGACACUGAGAUGGCAGAUGCUGAUGGCGCCGGGGGAGAAGAAGACGAAGAUGAGCUGCCGGUGGCCCCCCGGCGGCUGAAGCGCCGUGUCGCACAGGACAAUGCUCCAGAGCUCUCACAUCGAUCACCCAGCCCAGGCCUUUUUGUUUCUUCACCAGUGCGUCCGUCGCCGGCAAAGGCGCCUCAGAAUCAACCAGAGUCUGAAGAGGAUCUGCCCGCGGUCAAAUCAGAUCGCUUCAAGGCUCUGGUGGAACGAAAGCGGCAAGAGCGCCUUGCGCGAGAGGCAGAGGAAGAAGCGCGCAAAGCAGAGCGCUGGGCACAGCAGGAAAAACUAGCGUCUGAACUCGGAGAGCUGGAUUCUGGAGAUGAUGCGGAAGGGAUAACGGACGACGAAGCGGGACGAAGAUUGACGCAAGAAGCCCGCCCGACCAGAAAAGCAAGCAAAAAGGCUAUGGAAGAGCUGAACCGAGAGACUCAACGAAUGGCAAGAAACAUGCAGCUGGCCCACGAAGCGAAGACACGAAAGAAGCUCUCUAAAGCAAGCCUAUUUGAGCGUUUCAAUUUCAGAAUAGAAGGCGAGGCAUCGCCGCUGGAGCCUCAAGCAAACAGCUCAAGCAGACCGGUAACACCGCCAACCGAUGGGGAUGCGAACAGAGAUACGCCGCCUAGCUCGCCACCAGUUGGAGAGAAGCAGGAAUCUGCCCAAGGUGUCGAGGAUGCCACGGCAAGACUAGAUGAAUUGGCAGUAAACCAUGAUAUGGAAGAUGUGCAACAAACAAGCCCUACACGCUUGGACAAGGGCAAAGGGCCAGCUACUGAAGUUGACGAACCGAGCAAGCCUACACAAACGAAACGCCGAGUGAGGGUGCGACUACCGAUUCCUGCCAGAACUACUGCGGCCGACUCAGAAGACGAAUUGGAGAUUACAACUACAUCUAAAGACAGAAUGAAUGCUGUUUUCAACAAUGUUCCCUUUAGAAAAGCGCAAGAAUCGCAUUCAAUCCUAACCCUGCGGGCUUUGGCUCACGUAACAUCUCCUGGAAAAGAAAAGAAGCGCAAAAAUGAGCGGGAGGGAAUGACUCCAGGCGAAUUUCAAGCCACUCUGUUGCAAAAGGCAAGAGAACAAGCAAGACUAGAGCGGGACCGAAGGCUUGAGAUGUUGAAAGCCCAAGGUAUCGUCAUCCAGACUGCAGAAGAACGAGAAAGACAGAUGCAGGAAGUUGAAGAUAUCCUGGGCAAAGCUAGAGAAGAAGCUCAACGAAUUAAAGAAGAAGAGGCAGCGGCCGAGAAGAAGGAGGGAAAAGAGAAAGGUGAAGCCGAUCCUUUGGCGUGGGACGAUAGCGAGGAUGAAGAGUACGAAGACGGUGACGCAGAUGCAGAGGGGUCUGCUGUGGAGCUCUCAGGGUCUGAGGAGGAGGAGGAAGAAGAAAGAGAAGAAGACGACGAAGAAUCAGAGGCAGAAGGCGAGGCGGCAGGACUAUCCAUGUUUGAUGCUGAGGCGGACGAGGCGGAUGAAGAAGAGGAUGCAGCAUCUGAAACUUCGAAUGUCCUCCCUAAGCUUGAUAAUAAGGAGGUUGAUGGUGAUGAAGACGAAGAUGUCGAAAGAGUGACUGCCUUCAAAAGGACGCGCACACGGAAUAAGACUGCCAUUUUGUCUGACGAUGAAGGCGAGCCCGCCGUGGAAGCCACGCCAAAAUCCAAGAGGGCCCACGCUACCCCGACACUCGAUUCUCCGGCUGCACCUACAUCCGUCUUGCGAUCUGCCAAGAAGUCAUUCAUUCCUGGCCUUCCUGUGCAAGGACCUGCUGGCCUUAGCCUUACACAGAUCUUUGCCGGAACAAUGGACGAGAAUCAGAAGAGCCAACUCGAUGAACCGACACAGUCAAUGAUGCCGGAUUUCGAUCAAUUCCCCGACUCCAACUUUUCGGCUGCUAUGGACGAUAACACUGAAGAUAUGGUUCUGGACUCUCAGCAAGAUGAAACCCAGGGGGUUACCCAGGCCGUUCAGCUCAACCUUGCGCAGACACAGAUGCAUGGGUUGGACAGCCUACUACGAGAUGACCUGAACUCCCAAGUCUCCGAUAUGAUUGAGCCUUCGCAGGAUGGAGGGCUUCAGAGAUAUACGCCUUUAAAGUCGAGAUUUGUCGAGCCUCCGACUUCCACCGUGGAGACGAUACCCGCAGACCAGCACGGUGAUGCAAUUCAAAGCUCCCCACUUGUGCGCAGGGGAAGGCUUCGACGAAAAAUGGAAAUGUCGUCCAUCAAUGAGGAGACAGCUAUUUCCAUGACUGGUGAUAAAGAAGACGAAGAACUGGGUUCUUCUAAGUCUGCUUUCAACGUACUUCAAAAAGCUGCUGCCGAUCAGAGGAACAAGAAACUUAUAGAAGAAUUCAACAAGAAGAAGAGCAAGGCGAAGGAAAUGGUGGAAGAACAGGCCGAAGAAUCCGAGGACGAAUAUGCCGGCCUUGGUGGAGUGGAUGGCGAAGACAGCGAUGAUGAAUUUGAUGCUACUGUGCAGGACAUCAUUGAUGAUGCCGCUGGCAAUGAUGCAGAUGCUCGCAAGCUGGCUGCGUUUUACGCUGACCGAGAACGGAUCAAUGACGAAAAAGAAGUCGAAAAGCUGUACAAAGACAUCACAUCAGGAAUGCUUCGUCGCAAGCGCGGAGCUGACUAUGACCUCUCUGACUCUGAUGACGGCGGAGAAGCUCGCCGGAGAAUGAAGCAUCGCCAGUUUGCAAAGAUGCAAAAGGCGUUGUUUGCCGAUGAGCGCGUCAAGAAGAUGGCUGAAAAUCCGGGCAACCAAGCUUUCUUGCGCACCAUGGAGGAUCGGGGCAGUGACGACGAAAUGGACUUUUUGGAAAUCGUCGAUGCGCCAGCUUCGCAAGGCGAGGAGUCACAGUCUCAAAGCGAACAGCCUGAACAAGAGCAGCAGCCGCAAGUCAUUCCCGAUAGUCAGCCACGUAAACCUCUUGGCAGUGCUGGCGAUAACAGGGCUCCCGCUCAUAUGAGGAGAACCAAAGAUGGCAAGAAACCAUCAAACAUUGGCGAGGUUCGGGAGACACUGUCUGAUCUAUUGGAAGACGGACGACACAGCUCAAUUAUUCCGGCUACGGAAAUUGGUUCGGAUAGCGAAGAUGAGGAUGCUCGACCUGCAUCUCGAGGGAACAAGGAGAAUCAUUCCCCUGCCUCCCGCCGCUCACGCAACGUCGUGGUUGAUCGUAUCAGCCUCAAGCGCAAUGCUUCAUCUGGCUUGUCUUCAUCAUCGAGUCGCGUCGCUUUUACUACUGCGGGGGGUUCAUCUUCAUCCUUCAAAGUCCCUGCGUCACUUCUACGCCGCGCGACCACCAAUUCGUCAUUACUAUCAACGGCUACUACUACUACAUCUUCCUCUUCGACGACGGCGGCGACAGGCGGUGGAUCCGGCAGUGGAUUUGGCGAAGAGGCCAAGAUCAAGAAAGGGGCAGGCAAGAAGAGCGGAAUCAAUGGCUUCGCGAGAGAUAAUGAAAAACUGGCGAGGAUGCAAGAGAGCGAACGCAGGAGAGAGGAGAAGAAGGUUCGCGGGGCUGAGAGCAGAGCGGGACUUGUGGGAGGAUUGUUGGGUAAGGGAUCCUUUGAGUAGGAGAUUAUAUUUGCACGUUUCGAUUUGAUCAUGAAGUGCUUUGGUUUUAUAGUAUGGCGUUCAGGGGGAGCCUUUUUUAGGUAUAUUUCUACAAGCACGAUAUGACCUGGUUUGCGGGGGCUUGAAUUUUGCAUUUUGGGAAUGGGGUUAGGUAGGGAUGCCUUACAAAGCAAGGGCAUUGAACAGGCCAUGAUUUAACAUUACACCAAUGGUUAAGAUGCUUAUAGAAAAGAAGUUGCCGAAUAGCGUAUUCCUAGUUUUGCCAGCCAAGUGAUAGCUGUGUAUGGAGCAGCAGGAACAAGCACAGCGUUGGUUUAAAAGACG